CAAUGAAAUGACGGGAGGGCGGGAUUUGUUGGUUAGCUAGCGUACGCUGGUUAGUAGGAAGAAGAAGCCGAUUCUGGAAGCCAUUACGUUGCGCAUAUCAAUUCGGCAGUCUUUUUGCGUACAGUACGCACAAGUACUUCUCCAAAAUAGGACUUUAUGCAAUCAUGGUGUCGGUCGCGAAAAAGAGAAAAAUGAAUUUCUCGGAGAGAGAGGUUGAAAUUAUUGUGGAAGAAAUAGAGAAACAAAAGCACACACUGGUUAACCACUUCAAUGCUGGAGUCACCCACAUGGCAAAGAACAACGCGUGGUCGGAGAUCCUGAAAAAGGUGAACGCUGUCACGACCUGUCCCAGAGAGUUGCCCGAGGUCAAGAAGAAGUGGUCCGACAUGAAGACGGAGGUCCGCAGGAAGGUGGCCCAGGCGCGGGCGGCGAUAGAGGGGACGUCCGGCGACUGCGCUCCCGUCCCCGUCCUCCUCACCGCCAUGCAGCAGAGGAUCUGCAACCUCCUGGGAGAAGCCACCAUCAUCAGUUUACCUGCGGGGGACUCGGAUGCUGAGAUCGCUUUGCCGGUCGCAGCGAACGCCGCCCCCGCCGCCGUCGCCACCGUCACGCUCGCGGAGACUGAAACAGCGUACCACGCUUUGGAGGACGGAGGCGUGGUGGAGUACUGCACCACAACCGUAACCGAUUCAGCCCCUGCUGCGGUGGCAACCGUUGAGGCUCCGGCGGAAGUGUUGGCGUCGUCUUCAGCUUCAUCGCCGCCUCCGCCUCAGGGUCAUGCCAAACCCCAGGAGUUGAAGAGUCGCAUUGCCCUCAACUCAGCCCGACUCCUCCAGGAGCAGAGAGUCACCAAUGUCCACAUCCGACAGAUUGCCCAGCACCUGGAGGGUCAGAACCAGUUGCUGCAGAUGAUGCGUCACUCCCAGGAGGCGCAGGCGUUUGCGCAGGAGCGACAAGCCCAGGCCUUGGAAGGCACUCAGGCUGCACUGCUCGCGUUGGUGCAGAUGCUCAGGCCGGCCCUGAAAGACUUGCGCAAAUUCCUGCAGAGCGGGAUCGAGGUCACAAACUCGAACGGCGCGGCAGCGGGAGUGACAACUGAUGGGGCGUUAAUAGAGGAACGGAGUCGGCCGACGUCACCCCCGCCUGCUCCCCAGCACAGAGAGGCCACACAAUAGGCUCUUUCAUUUGCCGGCCACGACCGCUUGCCUCCACUGCACAUUUUCCUGAGGAAUCCCUGCAGACUUCGACAACGCCUUGAAAAACAUUUCAUCAGUUGCCUUAGCAAGCUACAUGUACAGGACAGGAUUUUUAGCUUUGCAUUAACAUUUGCUGGCCACGACUUUGGAUGAUAUUGAAUUGACAUUUUUUUUGAAGAAUACCGCCGGUCUUGUUUUUACAUGUUCGCUGGUCACAAAUAAAGAAUUAGGGAAAACAGGUUUGACACAAGCUAGUGUUUUGAAGAAAAGAAGACCGUCCGUUGUUGCCGAUCAGGAAUGUAUCACGAGUAAGCCGUUCUUGCACGGUUGUUGUUUUAUCAAUUUGGAAGUAAAUGAGAAGGAAAUGGUGUCAGGAAAUGUGAUGUGAAGUUGUGACAUAAGUGAAAACUCGUCCAAAACUGCCUUUCAAAACAGAAUCACGAUUGAAUCAAUGACUGGAAUUGUUGCUCGAGUGUCCUCUUAUGUACCUCACUCGGGUCACGGCUGUGCUGGAGCCUGUCCCAGCUUGGGAGGGCUGAUUGCUGACAGGUGCGCGGCCAAGGAAGGUGCUGGAAAAUGGCAAAUGGGGUCAACUUAAUGUGCUGCUAUAGUCCAAACUUAUACAGCUCCAGUCCCCUCCAAAAGUAUUGGAACGGCAAGGUCAAUUCCUUUGUUUUUGGGUUGCGGCUCCAAAGCUGAACGUGAGACAAAAACUCAGAACUCCUGCUUUUAUUGAAUUUUAUAUUUCAUGGCAUUUACAUCGAGAUGUGUUCAACAACUCAGGGGAAGCGCACCUUUUGUUUCAACCCACCCACUUUUCAAGUGAGCAAAAAGUAUUGGCACAUGUGAGUGAUGGGUGGAAAAGCAUUUCAAAAGAAGAAUGCAACAGUCUGGUGAAGUCAAUGUUGAUGCAGUUGUUGCAAGUGAGGGUUGAUGCCACCCAAUGUGAAAUGUUAUUCACUUUGUUAAUUUAAGAAUAUCUGUUCCAAUACUUUUGCUCACUUGAAAAGUGGGUGGCUUCAAACAAAAGAUGCUCUGACCUGCGUUGUUUAACACAUCUAGAUGUAAAUACCAUGAAAUAAAAGCUGGAAUUCUGAACUUUUUUCUUAUAUACAUCUUUUGAUCUGAAAACCAAAUGUCUUCAGUAUACA